CUGGUUGUAUGCUACCCAUCUUUACACAUCAGCAGUCACUCCUUGCAUUGCUACACGGCAACGCACCAGGGCCGGGACUAAUGAGUGCCGCAAUAGCAGAAUGGCAUUUACCCGAGUAUACUAUGGAUGUAUCAUAGGACCUGAUUUCGGAGGUCACUUGCCGAAUGCCCAGAUUUCCUUCUACAUUACCUCUGCUCGAUGUCUGAAAAGAGGGCAUUGUAUGAGUGAAGUACCUCUUCCCUAGACAACGAUUAUGGCAGAAAACAUAUAAAGCUAGAAGAGCACGACACUUAUCAGGAGUUCGUGCCUCUGUUCGCUGUCGACUCCCAGUAUCGAGUUUACCAUUGUCAUUUUACAAAGUCUUCGCCAUCGAAGGAUACCACGAAAAUGAAAUCCCUCAUCAGCAUCCUCCUGGCUGCGGUGGCUGCUCGAGCCCAUUACACCUUCCCUAGGCUUGUGGUCAAUGGCCAGCCGGAGGAGAAGGACUGGACUGUCACCCGCAUGACCAAGAACGCUCAAAGCAAGCAAGGAGUGGAAAGUGCAACGAGUGGUGACAUCCGUUGCUAUUCCUCGCAAACGGCUGGAAGCGUUGCAACUGUUCCUGCCGGAUCAACAAUCCACUACAUCUCAACACAGCAGAUCAACCACCCGGGCCCAACACAGUAUUAUCUUGCCAAAGUCCCGGCUGGCUCAUCCGCCACGAAGUUCGAUGGUUCAGGCGCCAUUUGGUUCAAGAUCUUCACAACCAUGCCGAAGAUGGACAAGAACAGGCAACUCACCUGGCCAGGUCAAAAUGAGUACACGACGGUAAACGCAACUAUCCCACCAAAUGUUCCCAGUGGCGAGUACCUCUUGCGGGUUGAGCAGAUUGCGCUCCACAUGGCAUCGCAGCCAAACAAGGCCCAGUUCUACAUCGCCUGCUCCCAGAUCCAGAUAACUGGCAGCGGUAAUGGGAGUCCUGGGCCUUUGGUCUCGCUACCCGGCGCUUAUAAGACAAAUGAUCCUGGCAUUUCGGUGAACUUGUAUACAAUGCAGCCGGAUGCCUACCAACCUCCCGGUCCGUCCGUCUGGAAGAGUUAGGGUUGGAUGUCGUGAUCGUCAAUGACGAUGUGCAGCUCGGCGAGUAACCGGGAAAGACGGGUGUUGGAACACGAAAUGAAUGAUUAAGAAAUAAUGUGUUCGCGGUAGGGUAGGAGAUUUACCUCUAGGAUGAGGGUCGAGUGAUGAAUGUAGAGAGUUUUUC